AUGGCGAACCUUAUAGAUCUUACUCCGGACGUCGAUUUAAAGAAGUUUGUUGAAGAACAUAAAAACUCUGCAAUUGUUCUCAACUUUUGGGCCGAAUGGGCUAAUGCAUGUGUUCAAAUGAACGAGGUCUUUGCUGAACUUGCAAAAAAAUAUACAACUCUCAAGUUCAUUAAGAUUGAAGCAGAAAAAUUUUCUGAUAUUUCUGAAUCUUUCGAAAUCGCUGCUGUGCCGGCUUUUAUAAUUCUCAAGAAUGGAAAAAUUUCUGACCGUGUUGACGGUGCUAAUGCUCCCGAGUUGACGAACACUGUUUCUAAAUAUGCAAAGGCUACUACUGGUUCUACAAUAAAGAAUGCUUCAGAUCUGCAAAAAACAAAUCGUAAAGUUGAUUUGAAUACUUACUUAAAAGAAUUAACAAAUUCUUCUCCGGUGAUGGCUUUUAUUAAGGGUACACCAAGUCAACCUCGAUGUGGUUUUUCAAGGCAAAUUAUCGAAAUUCUUAAUGAUCAUAAAGUUAAAUUUGGUUCAUUCGAUAUUUUGUCCGAUGAAGAAGUUAGACAAGGUUUGAAAGAGUAUUCCAAAUGGCCCACCUAUCCACAGUUAUAUAUUAGCGGUGAAUUAAUCGGUGGAUUAGAUGUUGUUAAAGAAAUGAUCGAGAACGGUGAAUUUCAAACCAUGGUAUCAAAUGUUGCCAAUAGCGAAAAUUGA